AGCCUACAACGCCCGGCAUGCACCGCGGCAGUAAUGCUCCGCGAGUGAAAGUGUUGUCAAAACUGUAAACGAAAAUAAAGUCCCAAAUCGGAGAAAAGCGGACCACUUGGUGCGCCCGGGCUCACAGUCUUACAUAGGAUGUGCGCUGUCGAGUAAGCGACUUUCCACAAGCCUUCAGGACGCAAACUUUUUAGUUAUAAUCUAUUCUGUGUACUAAUGUUACGUCGAAAAUGAAAGUCUCCGUCGUCAUGAUUUCCUGGAACGCUUGUGCCGCUUUGCUUCAAGCCUAGUACGGACGAGAAGCAUUGAAUUCGCUGCUUAAGAAGCGAAGGGCGCAAAAUAGAAGGCGACGCAAAAUGGACGGAGGACUGGAAGCGGGAGUCGGCGGAGAGGGCGCAAAAUCCGAAAAGUUGAUGGAUGAAUACUUGAAGAGCCAGGGCUUAUAUCGCAAGGAGACUGCCAAGGAUGGAUCCUGUCUGUUCAGAGCGGUGGCCGAGCAGGUUCUUUAUUGUCAGUCUCGCCAUCUCUUAGUAAGACGUACCUGUGCAGGUUACUUGCUGAGCAACAAAGACAAGUAUGAGGCGUUCGUUGAAGGUGCAUAUGAUGACUAUCUGAAACGAGUGGAGAAUCCUCAGUAUUGGGGUGGAGAAGUGGAAAUAAGUGCACUAUCCCAGAUUUACAAGCAUGACUUUAUUAUUUUCCAAGAGCCAGGAAAGCCACCAGUAAAUGUGACAGAAAAUGAAUUCCCCAAUAAGGUUCAACUGUGCUUCCUUAAUGGAAAUCACUAUGACAGCGUUUAUCCAGAAAAGUACAAUGAAGCCGCUGCUUUGUGCCAGUCCCUUUUGUAUGAAUUGCUGUAUGAAAAGGUGUUUGGGGUUGAUGUCAGUUCUGCAGUCUGUGGAGAUUAUGACUGCAAUGGAAUGGGCCAGGAGUCGCCUAAGGAGAGCAUCAGCAGUGUUGAUUCUGAUAGUGGCUCAGAGAAUGACAGUUGUGUUCAGACAGACACUUCUACGGACAUGAAUAAAUUCAAAUCCACUAUUGGUAACCAAGUUUCAAAAGUUCAAACUCGCAAAGAGCAUCCAUCUGCUGUGUCCUUGUCCCGGAGUGUACUUGAUUCACUUAACCCAGAAGUUUACAGAAAUGUGGAGUUUGACGUGUGGUUGAAAACCCAGCGAGCUCAGCAAAACCUUGAUUAUUGUAUUGCAGCUGGAAUGCAGUAUUCUGUUGGGGACAAGUGCAAGGUUCGUCUGGAUCAAAGUGGAAAGUAUUACAAUGCUUAUAUUCAAGAAGUCGGUGCAGGCGAUGGUCAGGUGGUAGUCUUUGUUAAAGAGCUUGCUACAAGGCAGUCCAUUCCUGUCAGGAACCUAGAGCCUCCACUGCAAGAGAAUAGUGGUGGUACCUGGAGCACUGUCCCUGUAAAAACAAAGAGACCCCGUCCAGUAAAUGGCCAUAGUGUUCGUGGCAGUGGUGAUUCAGACUCCAGAAAGCCUGCACCCAAAUCUACUAAAUCCAUGUCAGCUGUACAGCCAUCUAAUCAUCAGGCUGCACCAGUGAGAUCUCAGUAUCCAGUCAUACAAGGGGAGCCAAAAACUGCAAACAGCAAGCAACCGCAGCCCUUGAGAAAAUGUGACCCAGAUGCUGGAUUGUCAUCCACUAAAGGUGAACCCAAAUCCUUUACCGUACCAUCAGAUGAUCACCGAGGUAAAGAUGGUACAGUUGACUCAAGGGUGACAUUUGAAGUUCCUCGCAGAGACAGGCAAGCCUGCCCACCUUCUGCUAAACAAAAUGUUUCUCAAGUUGCUACCCAAACCUCUGAUACGAAUUUGUCAAAACAGUCAUAUCUGUCGAUGAAUGAAAAGCAGAGUACAAAACAAAGGGCAGAGUCACAAGAGCCUGGAGAGAGAGGCCCACAUGUGAACUUGCCUGAGCCAAAUCUUUGCAUGAAGACUGGGCAGAAAUUGGAGCAACCAAAAGUUCAGGCUUCUGGCAAGUUUGCCUGUUCUCCAGGGCCGCCAGGUCCUGAUCCUACUCCGCCUCCUCCACCUUUGGUGAACAGAGGCCAGCCUUCAACAAACACCCCAUCUCCUCUGCCAGCAGACCCUCCACCGUAUGAAGCUGCAACAUGCUGCAUGCCAGGCACACUUACACCAAUGGGCAUUUCUCCAGUUCCUACUGCAUCUGUGCAUGAUCCAAUGAUGCCACAAGCGCCUAUCACAUCUACACCUGUAGCUCCAUAUGCUGUUCCCAUGUCAGCAGUCAACCAGCCUUCGGUGCCUUUUACCCAAAUCCCAUCUCCCUACCAGGAUCCUCUGUACCCUGGUUUUCCAUUGAAUGAAAAGGGAGAACGUGUAGCCUCCCCGCCAUUUUCCCUCUGCAGUGAUGGUGGAGACCUUCCUAGAGAUAAAGGAGUGCUGAGAUUCUUUUUCAACCUUGGACUAAAGGCUUACAGUUGCCCGCUUUGGCCUCCCCAUUCUUACAUCUUCCCCCUUCACCAGGCCUAUGUGAGUGCCUGCGCCAUGCAGACCAAGUCACCUGGCACCACCACCUAUGCAGCUUCCUGGAUACCAGAUUGUGCCAGCCAUGCAGCACCAUCCCCAGGUGUCCAUUCCACAACUGCAACUCCUGCCAUGCCUGUGCAGCAGAACUGGGAGCAUCAAGCAGCUGGAAGAGUUCAUGGUCAGUGCAGUCCAGCUGAUAGAGCCACACCGUGUCCACCACUGCCCAUGCCAGUAGUUGCUCCCGACAGAGCACCCUGUUCAAGUCUUGGUCCUGAGCGGGUAUUGUGCGGUAGCUUUAAUGCGGCUCCUCCUGUACCUGUUCCAGUGGUUCACAUGGGAGGCUUGCCCUGGCCUGCAUAUGGCCAGAGUCCCUUUGUUGGGAGCUAUUCAGCCAGCCCUCCCGUUUACUCGCCCUUCUGCGUGCGCUAUCCAGUGCAGAGAUUCCCCAGUGGAAAUGCGUCUGUUGGGGGCAGCAUAGAGUUCAGUCAGUCUGAAGUGUGUGAAUACACAGCUGCUAGUCCAAAUUCAGAAAUGCUGCCUCCAAAGUUUAGCCCCUCAGAUGUGGUUAACUUACCAGACCGAGGAGGAGAGUGUGACCUUGAAUCUCGCCCUGAACUGGGGUCAAGCAUUUCAGCUGAAGUGGAUGUCGUCCCUUUUUCUAAAGAGCUACUGCUUGCAAAUACUAAUCAAGCCUUGCCUGUACCUCCGCAAUCUUCUGCUGCUGUUGUAGUUUUUGACUCCGUAAGCUCAAGUAAAGAAGCUGCCAGUAGUUCCACACAGCCUCCCACCAUUAGUGUCACUGUGCUUAAUGGAAAUGAAUCGGAGCAGGUCAGAAAAUGUUACAUUAAUGAUGCUGAAAAGGUCACUCCUAGUAGCUCAGGAGGGCUUGCAAAACCGGAGCUCCUGGUGACUAGGCCAGAGUUAGUGGACUCUUUGGAGGAAGAUGUAAAUGAUGGCCAGUCUUACCACAAUGAAGCACGCAAGACAGGGAGAGGGUUUGAAGACCGGGGUAACUACAGAGGUAGGAGGUAUAGCAGGAACAGGGGGGGUUAUCGGGACCGGGGAAUGGAUGCUGCCAACGCCACAUGGUCAGAUUAUAGUCGAGGGAGAUGGACUGAUGGGCGAAACACCCGCCACCCCAACUAUCAUAGAAGCCAAUGGAGAGGCAGAAACUACCGCGGUGGAAGAGGAGAGUACCAUCAGGGUAAUGAAGAUUUCUCAAUCAGAGAUGGCAACCGGAAGCAUGUAGCCGAUGCAGAUCACCGGUCUUGACGCAUUCGGCGCCGUGGAUGGUGUAAGGCUCGAGCAUUCACGCAUGUGGUGGCAGUGCCGUAGAGUCUUGCGCUUGGAAAAAGCGCACAAGUAAACAAGCACGGACUGCCUUCUUGAAGGCAGAUGCGUUGACGACGUAAUGCAACACUAAUGUCACGUACCAGGCUCCAGGUUGGCGGAUUGAGAAUUCUGCUGCUAUUCCCGAUUUUGGCUAGAGGGAUGUUCUCUUUUGUUAAUACGUGUACAUAGAAAUCCGAUACUAGGCAGUUGCAGAGCCGUGCCUUCCUAUUUUGAAGGAAUUGUUCCUAAAUAUUACGGUUAAAUUUUUUUUUUUUUCCCAAAAUUUGACCGAAAAUUUUCUAUUUCUAUAAAAAAAAAAAAAAAGGGCUUGACAAGUUAGAUUUUUAUUCUUUGAUCCAAGAGCAAACUGAAUGCAUCCUUUGCUGUAAAAAGUUUUUUUUUUCUUCAACUCCAAUUCCCAUUUUACUUGUUGGAUGUCGUGAGUUUACCAUUUGUUCUGCAAAAAUGUACCAUUCUGAAUAUUGCCUUGGCUUCCAGAUCUUUGCCAUUUUGAAUUUUUUUUGGAACCUUGUUUUGUUUUUGGUAAACCUUUUAAAGACGCAAGUUGAAUUUUUGGAAAAGCAUUUAAAUCCUUACAAAAGCUGCUCUGAAGGUGUUGGUUCGUUUUUACUUUUUAACCAGUUGUGAAUUUGCAUCUUCUGCUGAAACAGUUUUUAAGUUGUAGCAGAUGGGUGUCCAGCUGAGGUAAUCUCUUGGGGUGGGGUGUUUGUUUUGGGACAGUCCAGUAUCCUUUAAAUGACUUCAGAAUGACACCAUUCUAAGCCACCACAUCCCCUGCCAUCUCUCCAAUCCUGUGUUGUCAUAAUCCACUUCACUGGCCCAACGAGAAUGCUUGUUGGGUCGGGGGCUAUUGGGGCAGGGUACCCCUUCCAACAAUGACAUGAAAAGGGUGUGGCCUAAUGCAAAUUAUGGAAGAUGACCACCCCUUUUAAAUGGCUUUAGAGGGUUUUGCAGUUUUCCUCUCUUUCCCCCCC